ACAGAAUUGAUGACGGAAGUAUGGCAUCAAAGACAGAAAAUGCAGAGAAAAUGGAGGUGGUUUUCGAAGUUGUUCCCCCCGAGGGGGGAUGGGGACACGUCAUUACAGUAUCCCUUGUUAUGAUGAAUUUAGUGACCUUGCUACCGCUCCUAGCAUUUGGUCUUAUCUUUGGAGGCUUUUUGGCUUCCAUAGGCGACGAAACCACUGGCGCAACUGCAUCAAAUGGAGUUUAUAAUACAGUCCAGUCAUUUACAGGGAUAAUGUCAAGUAUCCUGCUACAGAAGCUCAGUUAUAGAGCGGUUGGCUUACUGGGAGCAACGCUCUUUUGUGCAGGGGCAAUCGGAACAAUAUAUGUUCAUAACUUGAUGGAAUUCAUUGUAUGUUUUGGAAUCGUACAAGCCUUGGGUACUGGAUUGAUGAUUCCCGCUACCUUCACAGCUCUCAACAGUUUCUUCCACAAGAAGAUGAAUCUCAUGAUGGGCAUCGCCCAAGCAGUCAUAUCAUUCGCAAGUAUCAUUUAUCCUCCAAUCUCAACUAUUAUGAUCAGCCAAUUAGGAUUUAGGAAUACUUUGAUGGUCCUCGCAGGAUUGGCUUUUUUGUGUUUUCCUGCCAUGGCUGUCAUGGAGCCUGUGCAAAAGUAUAUGGAGAAGGUUCCAGUCAAAAUGUCAAUUAACUGGGCUGCUCCAUUACUACAAAAAUCAACUUCCCUAUGCGAAGAAGAAAUAAGAAAGCAAACUAAGCCAUUGUUGAACAAAAUAGAAGAAGGAGUUCGGAGUUAUGCUCAUCACAGACUAAGCAGUGGAAAUAUCCUGCUUCCUGAGAAGAGGGUCUCCAUUGUCAGUUUGGGUGACAGGGCUAGGUCGGUUGUAACAGUGGACGUUGAUAACGAAAAUGAAGACAAAAAAACAUGUCAUCCGUCACAGCUCAUUGACCUCAGCCUCUUGAGAAACCCCAAGUACCUAAACAUAGCCACAGGAAUGGCUUUGUCCUUCACCGCUGACGUCACUUUUAUCCCGAUCAUCCCGUCUGUGUUGAAGGGUGCAUCGUUUUCGGAACACGACAUCGCUAUAGCUAUGACUGUGUUCUUCGUUUCUGACCUUGCAUGCAGGAUCAUCUAUUCCAUCGUGUCUGGGUUGAAGGAGAUCAAGAAUAGGCACGUGUUUUUGAUCGGGACUGUCUGCUUAGCUGUAUCUAGGACUCUGCUCACAAUGCGCAGUGGCUAUUGGUGGACAAUGGUAAUGCUAGCUAUCCAAGGCUUCGUUAGAUGUCUUAUUCAAACUCCGCUGCCACUAGUUAUGUCUGAGGAAUACCAUGACAAUUUUUCUACUGCCUACUCACUGUAUAUGGUGGUUUGUGGAUUUGUUAACCUGCUUCUAGGACCUUUAAUGAGUUAUGUCAAGGCAGCUACAGGAAGUGACGUCAUGGUGAUACAUUUACUUACAGCAGCUUUUUCGAUUUGUGGCACUUCCUGGAUCUCUGAGAUGAUAUACAGCAAAAUCAAGAGGAUGACAAAAAAGUGAUGAUAAAUAGUACAAUAGUUAGACUGACUUUGUUGAUUAAGAUAUUUAUUACUUUUUGUAGGUUUGC